AACAAUGUUUGCUAUCACCAAUAUUUCUACAUAUUAUUGUUGUUACUGAAAUGAAUAUUAAAACAUAUUUUUUCUGUAAAUUAAAAUUUAAUAAAUCAGCAGAAAAUUAUUUUGAAAAUCAAUAGAUGCACCUGAAAAUUUGCAAGCAAAACAAUUGAUAACAAUCAUCGUCAAGCACUAUAAAUAGCUGGGGCAUUUAAUGAAUUCAGCACAGUUCAACGUUUUAAGCAGACACGGCAACUACUAAGGAGCAACUAACACUAAAGAAAUAUAGAAAAAUGAAUUCCUUGAGAGUUUUAAGUGUGGUGGCCUGUUUAUUGGCCGCUACUUGUGCCACUCCCACCAACAGUGACAUGCGUUCAAAUGCCGCUAGUGGCAGUUUGAAACCCUCACAAUGGUUGACUCCUAGUGAAUUGGAAGAUACUCCUGCUUUGGAUGAGGUUACUUUGGAGAAAUUGGAAAAAAUGUCGGUCGAAAAGGGAGCUAAAUUGAUGCAGAAAUUGUAUCACAUUUCUCAAAUCAACAAUCAAUUGGAACCCAAUUUCGUGCCCAGCCCCAGCAAUGUUCCCGUUUACAUUGUCAAAAGCAAUGGCAAAAAGGAAGCUGCCAAUUUGAAUAACUUUGUCCAAAUGGCCAAACAAGACAACAGCUUUGGCGAUGAAGAAGUAACCAUUUUCAUUACCGGCUUACCCUCCACCACGGAAACUGUCAAGAAGGCCAACCGCAAAUUGAUCCAGGCUUACAUUGAUCGCUACAAUCGUAAACAACAAAAGCCCGAAAGUAACAAGAACUCUGACGAACAAACCGGUGCUCGUACUUCUAGCGAAGAAACCUCCUCUGAAUGGCAAAACCAAAAGUCUACCACUGGAAACUUGAUUGUUAUCGAUUUGGGUCAGACUCUCAAUAAUGUUAAACGUUUAGCCAUGUUGAAUGUUGAUGAAACUGGUGCCAUGAUUGGCAAGGCUUUGGUGCAAUUGACCAGCGAUUGUGAUGUACCCCAGGAAAUCAUCCAUGUGGUUGCUCAAGGUGUUGCUGCUCAUGUAGCUGGUGCUGCUGGUGAUGAAUACACCCGCUUGACUGGCCAUCAAUUGCGCCGUAUCACCGCUUUGGACCCCUCCAAGAUUUUGGCCAAGAAUCCCAAAGUUUUGACCGGUUUGGCUCGUGGCGAUGCUGAAUUUGUUGAUGCUAUCCACACCUCCGCCUAUGGCAUGGGUACCUUGAAUCGUGUUGGUGAUAUUGACUUCUUCCCCAAUGGUCCCAGUGCUGCUGUGCCUGGUGCUGAAAAUGUUGUUGAAGCUACCAUGCGUGCCACCCGCUACUAUGCUGAAACUGUCCGUCCUGGUAAUGAACGCAACUUCCCCGCUGUCGAAGCCAACUCUUUGAAACAGUACAAGAACAACAAUGGUUUUGGCAAACGUGCCUUCAUGGGUAUUGCCACCGAUUUUGAUCUCAGAGGUGACUAUAUGUUGCAAGUCAACGAAAAGAGUCCUUUUGGAAAGAGAGCUCCUGCCCAAAAACAAAACACCUACCAUGGUGUCCAUGAAUCUUGGCGUCAGGAUAAAGAUGACUAAAUCGUAUUAAAUAUCUGAUCAGCAUUAGAAGUUAUUGUAUUGCAAGGCAGAACAAAUAUGAACUGUGUAUUGAAGCUUAUUGAAUAAUUCAAAAUUGUGGUAGCAUUUAGUGAAUAUAAUAAUGAAUUCGAGUUAUUGUGAAAAUAAAGCAAUUUUUCUAAAACAGA